CCCUUAUGCAAGAGUUAACCAGCAUCUUCACUCUUUCAUCCCUGUACUGUCCAAACCCCUUAUGCAAGAGUUAACCAGCAUCUUCACUCUUUCAUCCCUCACGCGCCGUCUCGUCCCCGGCAGCGUGCGGCCAUCGUUGGCAUGGCGACCGGCAGCAGCACAGUGUUCCAGGGCGCCGUGACCAUGGGCGUCGACACCUCCAGCACGCCCGCAGCAGUGGUGGGCGCCGUGCUCAUGGUGGUGGGAGUGGUGGUGACGGCAGUGUCGGCGGCGGGCUACCGCAAGUACACGGCGUACCGCGCCCGCCAAGUGGACGCCGUCAUGGCCAGGGCCCGGAGGCUGGCCCGCGGCGAGGGCGGCGCCCCUGCCCUGUUGGACCUUGGCUCCGGGGGCGAGCUGCUGCGAGUGAUGGCGCCCUGUGACCUGCUGACCUCAGGGGCUCUCAUCAACGGCACGGGCAACGGUAAGGAGGUGGGCGCCGCCCCCUCCAGGAAGGGCAGCGUUGACAUCCUGGCGGCGGCCAAGGCGGCGGCGCGCCGGGGCAGCGUUGACAACCUGAGUGUGCGGGUGACGGAGGCAAGCUUCGGCCCCACCCCGCGGCGAGGCGGCGACGCCCCCCGCCGCCAGGGAGGCAGCACAGAGAACCUGCUGGACGCCGUGGCGGCGCCCCCGACCAUCGAGCUGUGCCCCGGCAUGGUGGUGGUGCCCGUGUACCUGGAGGAGUGGAGCAGCACGGUGGAGGUGUACAUGCCGGACGAGCACGAGGCGCCGCUGUGGCUGUACUCCGACAUGCUGCUGCUGUUCUGGCUGGCGGUGCUCCUCGGCAGCCUGGGCCACAUGCUGCUCAACGCCGCCUUCAUCGUGCUGGGCGCCGCCUUCCACACGCGGCCGAGCCUCACCGUGGACGUGCUGUGCGGCGUGCUGGGCAGCAUCGGAGGUGAGCCGGGCAGGCAGGCGGACCAACAAGGCGUACAGGUUCAGGCCACGAGUUCUCAAGUAGCGGGGUAAUUCCCUCAGGGGUAGAUUGCAGGGUUUUAGUUGGGAAAUUUUGAUGACGUACUGGCAGACUGAAACAUUUGGAAUGCUGAUCAUUUACUGCCACAAGCUCCCCGGGCGGCACCAGACGCAGUACUAUGCAUGAGCUUGUCGCAAGUUGCCUGUCAGACCGUGUGCCACAAGCUCGUGAAGAAGAGGUUCAGGGAAGGUGUGGCCCGAUGUCUACCUUGGUGUGGCCCUAUAUCUACCUUGGUGUGGCCCUAUAUCUACCUUGG